GUAUGUUCAUUCAACCCGCAGUGACGAUACGAUGAAGAAUAGUUAUCAAUAUAUACACGAUAUUAAUGGAAAAGUGCGGCGAUGCAGCAUGUGCGCACCCGGCACAAAAGUCUUCCAAGUUUGCACUGAAGAAAGUGAUACGCUGUGUCAGCCGUGUCCCGAAAAUCAAUUCAUAGCAUCAUUUAACAAUAUGACAAGAUGUAAUCCCUGUAGGCGGCCUUGCUCCCGAUCUCUCAGAUUUGAAACGGAGAUGGACUGUGCUCCAAACCAUGAUAGAAGUUGUCGAUGCAUAAAAGGAUUUCAUGACCUUGGAAGCAGAUUUUGUAUUCGACACAGCAAAUGCAAACCUGGAUUUGGGGUUGAAACUUUGGGCAAUGCGGCAAUAGACACAGUAUGCCAUGCGUGCACAAGUGGCCGAUUUUCGUCAUUAUUUUCUUCGUUCGAAAGGUGUCGCCCGAGAGUAGAUUGUGCCAACGCCGGAAGAGCACUGAAGCAACGUGGAAGCAGUACACGCGAUAAUAUUUGUGGUUUGGCAAAAUCUAAUAUCUCAAGCAUAUUACCAACUUUUAUAUCAGCGUCAACUUCGACUGUUGGAAGUACAAUAAUUUCAAGCAACCCGAACACUCACCACGCUGAAGUAACUCAUUCAUGGUUAUGGAUUUCUCUAUUUGUUGUUGCUCUGGCAAUUAUGCUAUCAAUCAUCAUUGCAAUCUGUAUCUGCAAGUUUGGACAAUGCAGUCCAAUAAAAAUGCUUCGAGCUCAACAGAGAGGAAUUCUUGAGUUGGGCGAAAUACCGCCUAUUGCAGAAGAACUAAGCACCGACUGUACACAAAGAUCAAAUCUAUCGGAAUCAACUUUGCCUUUAACCCUACAUGAAGACGUUCCACAUGACAAUGGAACAGCAUGUACAUUUCGCUCAUCAGCAAGUUUGCCUCGUACAACUUCACAGGAAGAAAAUGAAGGAAUAAAUGACAUGUUGCCAUCACCAACUGUAUCAUAUCAUAUCAUGCAAAGGUUUGAAAACGACCUUCAGCAAUUGUUUAACGGCACCAACUCGGUCUCAGACUCUGUCGAAUCUCUUCCCAGUUUUAACUUUUCUGCCGAACGACAUUGAUUACACUGAAGUAAUGGUUGAGGUAAUGGACUAUAAAUUCACGGACGAAGAAUGCAAUUUAUUUUGCAAUUUAUCAUGAUUUUGAACGAUUUGUAUUAAUUUUCACAUCCACUUUUUUAGGUUAAUAAAUACCUCUUAUAAUUUAAGUUCUGUGUAGCAGA